AUGCAGCGCCUCAGCUCAUGGUUUGAGCAGUUGCCUUUACGACGUCGUGGAUCUUCUCGCCGAUCAGAAAAUUGCCCUUCGGGAUUACACCCACACAAAAGGCAAUCCAAAUCAGCAGCACCGCGACUUCAUUACAGCGUUAGUGCCGUACAGAGUCAUAAUUAUCGAGACCAUUCUGUUGAUGUCCUGACACAGUCUGUGGUCAUUAAUGACCAGCUGCAUGUAAUAAAGCCGUCUUCUUGGAACAGGCAAGAAACGGUAACUCACUCAUAUCGCAACAGUUCCAAACCUGCCACAUCCUUCUCCCAAUCAUUCUUCACACCAACUAGUUGUGGACGAAAGAACAUACGCACAAAUCCGUGGAUUUCACACAGCCGCCCACUGAUUCAGACCAAUGCUUAUCAUGGACCGAAAUCCGCAGAUAAAUCGAUGUGUGCGUCGAUAGAUCGUAUGGCAUCAUUUCGCAUCAGCAAUAUGGAUGAAAGUAUUUACAGUUCCGGUUAUGGCAGUCAAGAUAGCAGUCCGGAAUCGUCAGUGCAUUCACCGGAUUGGCAACCAUCAGUCGCAACUGCAAAGUAUAGUCGAUUAGAGGAUAAAGCGGUGGAAUGCAAUUCAAUUGAUGUGGAUGAAGCUUUAGGGCUAGAUUUGGAAAACAAAUUGGAAAUGGAGGAUCUAAAAACAAUUGAUGCUGACGAUCGGUUUCGCAAAGACGACGAGCAUCUAUAUUAUGAACUAGAGGUCUUCAACCACUUAUCAUCGCUACUGGAUAACCAGACCUAUUCGCCGAAUUUGGAAAUUGCUAGCUCAUCAGGUGGAUCGCUGCAUUCCCCCCAAUGUUUAUUACCAGUUUACACCCAGCCAAAUCGUGCCCAUCAUAGCCCACAUUAUUGCCACUGUGAACGAGAAGGAUGCCGCCACCCAAAUUUCACCCUCCUCCUCCACCAUUUACCACCACCACCACCACCACCACCACCACCACCACCACCACCACCACCACCACCGCCACCACCACCACCACUUCCUCUACAAACAAACGAUCUAGAAAAAGUUGAGCUGGAUUUCCUGACUGAACUGGAUGCGCAGAUUGCUGAAUUGCAGAUGAAAAGUGUGGAGGUACGUCAGCUUGUGGACGAGGCCCGUGAGCGCCGUGAUGCACGCGCUCGUAACGCGCAAUUAUAUCACGAGUUAACCGAGUUGAGACGGAUGAAAUGGGUGCUGCACAAUCACUUCGAGCUAGUACUGUGAAUAGACACUGUUACCACUGUAAUCCAGUUUUCACUUUGUUGCCAUCUUCCAUAAUCUUUCAGUGCAUAUAUGUAUCUGUGACUUGUGACUGAUCUGAGUUUUAUUACCAACUUCCAGCACAGGUGCUUUACUGGAUUUAUGAUCUGUAGGUUGUGUGGGUGAGAAUGUCGUAGCUGAGAUAGAUGAGAGGUUUUU